GAGAUCAAAUUUGGACUACGGCAAAAAGAUAUAGAGAAGGAAUUGGAACCAAGAAGUGUUUGGUGGGGGAAAAAAUUUACGAUGAUUUCUCAACGAAGUUCUGGUUAAAACCAGAACUUCCAUUCGAGCAAGUGCGUAAUGAAAAUGUUAGUAGGACGAGUUCUCACGAGACAUCAGCUUUUUCAAUCUCACCUGAACGGCCCAAAGGGAAAUCAAGUUCUGAGCAACCAUUGGAAAAAGCUGUCGAAACACCUAAUAUUUCCAGACCCGUUACUCCAACAUUACCUUCUUUUUCGCAAAAUGUAAACGUGAUCAAUGUUACUUUUAAUUAUGGUGGUGCUCAAAUAGAAGAGGAUUAG